UGCUGUGUCUUCCUUGGCGACGGAACGGACGGACUGACGCCCCGAGGUUGUGGAAACACGGGUUUCCACAACUGGCGCCCAACGUUUGGGGUCACAGUUCGUCCGUUCGACAGCGGGGAAGACGCAGCACGCGUUGUUAAUUUUUCGUUUGGUACGUUUUUUUUUUAUUUUCUUUCAUUCAGGACUCGCCGGUUUGUUUGCGUUCUUUUUCCGGGGUGUCAUUUUUUUUCAGCUAUCGUUUUGUUUCAAGCGUGUUUGAUUUGUUUUGAGUGCUCCAGAGCUCCCACUCGGUGCCCGAGCCCCGGAGCCAAUGCACCAUUCGCCGCCAGGCCGAUACGACCUCCGGAGCGGAAGGAAAGGCCUUGUACUGCAGCGGUCCCGUUCGCAGGAGACGCUGGCAUCGGACACCUCGGUGCCUUCGGAGCCGAAAGGAUCAGCCGAGGACAAAGAGGUACAUGCAGUGCCUCCAUCCCAAGAUAUCACUCUACGUCUUGCUUCCAAUGACGUGAUUCCAGCACAAACUGCAGUUGUGCUCUGGCUUCGCUUUGAUGGGAGACGACGAAAGCAGCUCUUCGUCCACCUUCCUGGGCUGGCAGUGCCCGUUAUCCUGGGCAGGGACUUCAUCAUCCGGCAGAAAUUUGUGCUGGACCUGCCCAAUGGAGGAUACGUCUACCACGGAACGUCACGAUUUUUUCCUUUCGCCGUGCCACAGGACAGCAGUUCAGCUAAGCAAGCUGCAGCAACGUCCGUCGAAACGUCCCCACUCCCGACUGUCUUGGGGUCAUUCCAUGGUGCCGAGGAGGAGCGCCGUCAGCUUGAACAAGUACUGCGGCAAUUUGACGGUGUCUUCACGGAAAAACCCGGUAAGUCGUCUGUGUUACAGCAUGGCAUAGACACGGGUAACGCUAGGCCCAGGCGUUGUAAUCCGAGACCAUAGAGUGUGCAUAAGUGUGCUUUGUUAGACGCUGCUCUUGAUGAAAUGCUCCAAACCGGUGCAGUUCAAACGUCCCAGAGCCCUUGGGCGUUUCCUGUCGUCCUGGCUCCGAAACGUGAUGGUACGGCUAGGUUAUGCGUCGACUACCGUCGACUUAACGCAGUAACUGUACUUUCUUACUUACUUCAGUAACUUUCCGUCCAUCGAGUCUAUUAUGUAUUCCCUGGGCAACGCUACAGUGUUUUCAACGCUUGAUUGUAGUAGACGGUUUCUGCAAAUCCAAGUUGCCCCGGAGGAUGUCCCGAAAACAGCCUUUACCUGUCAUAGGGGUUCGUUUGAGUUUGUACGGAUGCCUUUCGGUGUGUCUAACUCUCCCGCCAGUUUCCAACGGCUAAUGGAUACUGUAUUGGGAGAUGCGAAGUAUAACUUCGCGAUGGCGUACAUGGAUGAUGUCGUAGUGUUUUCCAGAAACUUUCAGGAACACUUGGAACACCUGUCAGUCGUCCAUGCAAGGAUGAAGCUGGCGGGGCUAACCAUCAACCCCCGCAAGGUGCAGCUGGCAUCGCCUAGGAUCAGCCUUCUCGGCUUCAUGGUGGACGGAGGAACCAUCAGUCCUAGCAAUGACAAGCUAAAGGCGAUCAUGGAGUUCCCGGUAACGUAAAAGCCUUGCAGCGUUUCUUGGGUAUGGUUGGUUUCUACAGACAAUUCAUUCCUUAUUGCGCUGAGUUAGCGCAGCCGCUUAACCAGUUGUUGCGCAACGAUACACCCUGGCAGUGGGGAGAGGAGCAAGAACGAUCCUUUCGGGCUCUUUCUCACGCAAUCGCUGAUACGGCCAGGCUAUACUU